AUGGCCACAGUGGACCCCGCGUCGAUACCUCUUCCCAACGGCGACACGCCCAAGCCUCAGUCAGCGGUACGGCUGACUAACCUACCGUCGAUUAAGAACGCGCCCUUCCCAGCGGAAGGCAAUGGCUCGUUCUCAAAUGUCGCGUUGGCUGGGCUCGUGCUCGGUGUUCCUUAUGUCGUGAAGCGCAUGUUGCCAAUUAUAAAUCGUGGUGGCACUGGCACGUAUUGGUUCUUGGUCAUUGUUCUCGGUUUGCCUGUUACCAUUGGCUAUUGGACGGUCAUGAGCAUGUACGGAGCUCGCAAGAACGAGCGACUCGCGUUUCCCAAUCGGCCUCAGAGCGAGUAUAUCGAAUUCAAGGAUCAGGCGUUCCGGGCUGAAUGGGAGGGCAAGAAAAUCCCAAUGCAGAUCUUCCACGACGCGUAUUUCGAGGGCAAGGUUGAUUUCAAGGGCGAUGUACUCGAUGUUAUGGAAUGGCGUCACGAUUGGGCUGAAUUCAAGAUGACUCCCGAACUGUUCAAAUACGUGUUUACAGUUUUGAUUCCUGAUGUCGUUGUUCACUCGCACUCGCAAGAUGAAGAGCAAGUCAGGGACCACUAUGACCGCGGCGAUGACUUUUACCAAUGGUUCCUCGGUCCUCGUAUGAUCUACACGUCAGGCGUUGUGAUGGACAAUACCCGCGAAGAGACCCUUGAAGAGUUACAAGACAACAAGCUCGCACUCGUCUGUGAGAAACUCAAUCUCAAGCCUACCGACAAGCUUCUCGAUAUCGGCUGCGGAUGGGGGACCCUCGCUGCAUACGCUGCCAAGAACUAUCAAUGCGACGUGACCGGUGUAACCCUCGCCAAGAAGCAAGCUGCUUUUGGCAACCAGCGCAUCAAGGACAAUGGCUGCGACACCGAGCGCGCUCGUAUCCUGUGCAUGGACUUCCGUGACGUUCCUGCGGUCAAGGGCCAGUACACCAAGAUCGUUUCGCUCGAGAUGGCUGAGCAUGUCGGUAUCAGGCGGUAUAAUGCCUUCUUGCGUCAGGUCUACGAUCUCUUGGACGACGAUGGUAUCUUUGUCUUCCAGGUUGCGGGUAUCAGGCAGUGCUGGCAAUACGAGGAUUUGAUUUGGGGGCUUUUCAUGAACAAAUACGUGUUCCCGGGUGCCGACGCAUCCUGCGCGCUCAACUGGGUUAUCGGCCGCCUCGAGGGUGUUGGUUUCGAAAUCAAAGCCGUCGAUGUGCUCGGCGUUCACUAUAGCGCAACCAUCUGGCGCUGGUACAAAAACUGGAUCUCGAACAAGGACAAGGUUAUCGCGGCCUACGGCGAACGCUGGUUCCGCGUAUGGUCGUUCUUCCUUGCCUACUCGACGAUCAUCUCGCGUCAGGGAUCCGCCUCAGUGUUCCAGAUUACUGCACACAAGAACUUGAAUGCGUUCCACCGCAUGGAGGGUAUGGAUAGCCACACGAGUCUGAGGAUCAGCGACAGGGCUAAAAAUAAUGCGAGCAUCCAGUAG